AUGGCCGGGCGCCGGGCGCUUGGGUGGCUCGUGGCGUGGCUGAUCGGAGGCGCUUACGCGGCCUCUUCCUCCCAUCAUAGCAGCAGCCAUACGGCGUAUAGAUUGCCUACGUCGGCCAAGACACCCUAUGUGCCGCUGCCCAAGCACUCGACGAACUCCAACAUCAGCGCGAGCACAGGCCUGGCCUCGCCAGCCCCGGUGAGCAGCACGAUACCCAAGCCCGACCAUCCCUACCUGCUGCAGGAUGCCACGCCGAUCCGCAGCGAAGUCAAGCUGGACGCCACGGAUGGCGUGUUCUUCCAAUUCGUGGCCAAGCCCGAGACGAAGCUGUGGCUCUCGCUCUCGCUGUGCAGUGGCCCCGGCAUUGAGGCGUACAACACGAGCGACAGCGACUUGCUCAAGCAGCUAGACAUGUCACCGAGCGAGGCACGCGAGGCGACGCUCGUGGCCAUGUACGUCGCGACGGAUGGGCGCACAAAGAACCCCGGGCCCGACUCGGGCAUCGACUCGUCUCACACAGGCCACGCGCUCGGUGGAUGGUGCGAGGUCGUCGUCGAGAGCGGCUCCAGCGGCACGACGUUCAUUGGCAUCUGGCCGCCGAAGGAUACGCGUGGACAGACCGGCACGUACACGAUGCAGCUGAUUGCGUCGACGGUCGGCUCGCUCGAGAGCGUCGCUACCACGCCGGGCCUGUUUUUCGACGACACGGAUCGCCGCAAUGCGCUCCUCACGUCGUUCAACUACACAUCGCCGGCGCCAAACAUCAGCCUCAUUGUGCUGCCGACCGUCGGCCCGAACUCGCUCUCGUCCAUCAACUACUUCAACUCGUCCUUCUGCCGCAUCUUUGAUCUAUGGGAGCACAUGGGCAUGCGUGGCAUCCAGCCCUUCAUGAACAGCAGCGAGACGAGCCGCAACACGCAGCCGCGGUUCACACGCGGGCCUGACAACCAGCCUCAGUCGAUCCCGCGGCCGAACUGGAAUGGGUCGGUCGGCCAGGCGCCCCCCGGCGCGGCGAUCGUCGAGGACGUGGCCAUGCUCGAGACGGUGCACAAGCUCAAGGCCAACAGCACGGCAUGGCUGCAGCAAGUGCGCAAGCAGUUCUAUGUGCAGGACCUCGAGCCGGGCUCGAACUACACCGCGUACCUCGUCGCAUCCGAGCACGUCGGCGCGCAUGUGCGGCACACGCUGUAUCCGUCGGUCAAGUUUGUGACGAAGCGCACGCGCAACUGCCGCCUGCUGUACAAUGUGGACUUUUGCCCCGAGCUCGCGUACGCCGUGCCGUACAAUCCCGAGCAGUCGCAGGAGCACGUACUGCGCGUGCUGCACGACAUGAUCUCGGCCAACUACGGCAACUUUUCCGCGACGCUCAGCACGUUUCCGUGUGAAUCGACCAAGUUUGGCGUGUACUCGAGCGUCGCGACGUGCGAUGACUGCCGCCGCGCGUACCAAAACUGGCUGUGCGCCGUAGCGAUUCCACGAUGCACGGACCUCGUCGAUCCGUCGAAGAGCGCGGCGAGCCAGAACGGCAGCGAGCUGCAGGGUCUGCCGAUGCCGCCCAAUACGAACAUGUACCCGUACAUUGUCAAUCGCGUCGGGCCGAUGAGAAGUCGGCAGUCGUACAUUGACGAGCUGUUUGCGCCGGGCGACUAUGGCGAGAUUUUGCCGUGCCUGCUGACGUGCGAAAUGGUCACGCGGUCGUGUCCGCCGACGAUCCGGUGGCAGUGCCCGCUGUGGACCGUCACGGCGCAGCGCGACUAUGGCACGUUUGCCGAUGCGGACAGCACGGGCUUUGGCGUCGGUGAGAAUGGCGGCGCGGGUCCGGACCAUAUGCGCUUCGGCGGCGCGUACUCGACGUAUGUCGCGCAGGAUGCGUUUGGACAUGUGUUCUGCAAUUCGAUGCAGGUCGAUCGCCUGUUCCGCGAGUCGAGUAGCGGCGCCCACAGGCGCGCCGUGCCGCUUGAGGCGUGGGUCGUGCUGCUGGGCGUCGGUAUGUACAUGUGGAUUAGCGCUGCACUUGGGUGA